AGAUGAAUUCAACGAGGAUAUAGUUUGAGGGUCUGUUGAUUGAUAACGACACUUGACUAUGACGAUUUCAAGGCACUCUCAUAUUCUCUGUGAAUAGUGAAACACUUGCUACAGAUAAGAUACAUUUUGGGAUAAGGAAGAGAACAUGGAUCAUUUAAGAAAUCCCGCUUGUCUUGGAUUCCUGUUUUAUUCAAUUUUCCAGCUAGUUAUCUUAAUAAUGUUUACUGAUUAUAUUCAUGCUUUCAACAUCGAUGUAUCCUCACCAAGUGUUUAUCAGGGUUCUCCUGAAAGCUAUUUCGGCUUUGCUGUAGAACCGCAUCGAGAGGGAAACCAAAACAUGAUCCUAGUCGGGGCACCUCGGGCACAGACUGAUCAAACAGGGGUAAACAGAGGUGGGGCAGUCUACAAAUGCCCAGUCAACACGAAUCAUAAAGAACCAACAUCGUCACCAUCAUCGUCAUCAUGGGUUGAGCCACCUGACGCAAGCCAAUCUUUUGAGGUACCGAGGAUCGCCAAGGAGAUACCCUCGUCACCAAUAUCUCCUGAUCCCGCCACGCUAUCACCGGAUACAACAUCAGCUUCUUCCUGUCAACAAAUACCUUUUGAUACUUCAGGAAACGAAUUUAUUGACGGAGAUCAGAUAACCAACAAGUCUGGUCAGAUGCUUGGGAUGACCAUUAAAAGCUCAGGACCUGAUGGCACAGUGAUAGUUUGUCGGCCAUUAUACACCUGGUUUUACCUUGGUGAUAGUCAUCCAGACACGAGAAGGUUUCCUGUAGGAGGCUGUUUCUUUUCAAAUGAUAACUUCACCCGAGUAUCUACUUUCAAUCCAUGUAUAACAUAUGACUCUUCGAGGGUAAAUUUUCUGAGGUGUGUGUUCGGAUUAAGUGCCGCAAUAUCUGAGACGGAGUGGAUAAUUGGAGCUGUUGGUGCUUUCUAUGCCCAAGGAGAGUUAUACGUUGGUAACUUUUCAAGUACCACUACUACUGUUAGGAGGAGUGAUGUGAUUGAUAACAUCAAUUAUGACUUUACCUACAGAGGUUCUUCUGUAGCAUUUGGAGAUUUCUUCGGAGAUGGUGAAGUGGAGUAUGUAACUGGUGUACCACGAGGUUCCAUUCACCAUCGGGGAUUGGUAGAGUUUCGCGACAGAGCCCUUAGGAACUAUCUGAUUAUUAAUGGUCAUCAAAUCGGUUCAUACUUUGGUCACGCCUUGGUCGUAGCUGACUUCAACCACGACGGGUACGAUGAUAUUAUUAUCUCUGCUCCGAUGUACACUGCAUACGAUAUGCCCAUCACUGACGGCUGGGAGAUUGGAAGGAUUCACAUAUAUUAUAAUGAUAGACAGGGUGAAUUCCCAGUAUCUCAUACAAUCAGCGGCGAAUGGCCUGGUGGAAGAUUCGGUUAUACUAUGACAAAACUUGGUGAUAUCAACAGAGAUGGCUACAUUGAUCUAGCAGUAUCGGCGCCAUAUUUCGGAGAUGAGAAAGAGGGUCGAGUCAGUAUUUACCUCAGCUCCGGAUCACGUGGUCUAUCUCCUACUCCUAGUCAGCACAUCAGCCCAUCUAUGUUCGGUAUGAGAAUGACGUCAUUUGGCUUUUCACUUGGAGGUGGCUUAGACGUGGAUAACAAUACAUAUCCCGAUUUGGUUGUAGGAUCAUAUUUAUCAUCUACAGUGUUGCUCUUCAGGUCUCGUCCUGUAGUUAAUCUCAAUAUCACAUUGACCUUGAAAGGAAUGAAAGGCAUUGACUUAGAUGAACACGAUCUUCUUCUGCAAGACGGGUCACAUGUCGCUAGCUUUAAUGUAUCUCUGUGUAUACAGUUUACUGGAGUUGCUCUCCCUGAACAAAUGGAUGUAUCAUAUACUCUCUCAUCUAUUGACCAGACCCUCCUCAGAUCUAUGUUGUUAUUACCUAACGGGUAUGCAGAUUCCUUCAGCCAGGUGUCAACACUUUCAAAGGACAUAUCACGUUGUAUUCAUCUUACUGGCUUCAUUAUGAAUUCUAUUCGAGACAAGUUAACACCUAUUCGAUAUAGAGUUGAUUAUGCGAUAAGUAACAACCAGGAGAGUUAUGAUGGAAUCUUAUCCCCUAUUUUGGAUUCUAAGAUUGAACCACAUAAAGAGUUGUCAAUUCCCUUCAUAUAUGACUGCAACAGUACCAUCUGCGUACCAGACCUCUCUAUCGCUGUGUCAUCAGAUACUUCUGUGAUAAUUGUAGGAGCACCAGCGGUGAUUCAUCUUAAUCUUUCUAUAUCUAACCAUGGCGAGGAUGCCUAUGAAAGUGUACUCAACUUCACCCAACCGAAUAACUUUCAAUUUGUGCAGGUUAUUCAGCUAAGAAAGAAUAAUCGUUUGAUCACGUGUGACAAGAAGGCUGGAAGAGCUGAUUUGGUUUGCGAUCUUGGAAAUCCGAUGAAAGCAAAUGAACAGAUCCUCAUCCAACUUGUGUUCGCAGCCGGUACUGUUGAAGGUGAUUUCACAAAUUUCUCAUUCGUAAUGGAGACUUCAAGCACACACAAUGACAGUACCCCAAUCAACAACAGAGUUUCUAUCGGCGUGAAUGUCACUGUUAAAUCAGAGCUAAGUUUCGAAGGGGCAGCAGAUAAUGAAUAUCUUCUUUAUGACUAUGAAAGAGGCAACACUUCAAUGACAGAUGAGGAACCCAACAUGAUUCAUCGUUAUAUGCUCCGUAAUAGGGGACCGAGUGACAUCGGACGAACAACCGUGUUGAUUUAUUUUCCACAUUCAGUCUCGGAUUCGACCACCGAUCACGACAUCAUAGAACUCAUCGACGCCGAGGUUGAGGGUGGCGAUAAAUGUGAUGUGGUGAAGGUCGUAACAGAUAAGAUACUUUCGACUACUAAUACCUCUCCUGAUGAUGAUUCGAGUGUUUAUUCGUCAACCGCCCCUUCUUCUCAACAUGAUCACCAACUAUCUACAUUGUCUCCAACAAACAAUCCUACAAAGCCAGUGUUUGGUGGUCGAUCACCUGCUCGACGUCGAAAGCGACGUGCUGAUAUUGGAGUGUCGAACAACAUGACCCAAGACGAUUACAUAUCGUUUGAGGAUGAUAUACCUGUCAUCGAAUGCCUUGAUGGGACUGUCUGUUAUGAGAUUACAUGUCACAUAGAUACAUUAGGAACAAGGAAAACAUCUUUCCGGGACAGUGCUACGAUCAUUGUGAUGUCACGUUUUAACGUUGAUCUUUUUCUCAAACUGAGUCCGGAGCUCAACACCACCAGUCUUGCCGUGGUUUCUAACGCAGAUGUUUUAGUGUAUGGUAGCGAGUACACCGUUCAACUGCCUGCAAAUAUCUCGUUUUCUGCAACGGCAACUACGAGAGUGGUAGCCAUGCAGCAGAUAAUAGAAGAUAAUGGUAACGAUUCGAACCCCUAUCAACCCGGUCCUAUACCAAAGACCAGUAUCUGGAUGAUCAUAUUGGCUUGCUUGGUGGGCGUGGCUCUUCUAGCUGGUACUAAUGCUAUUCUAUACAAGAUGGGGUUUUUUAAGCGGCAGAGGAUUGGAAUGGAAGACAGAGUACUACUCCGAAAGAAACCUGAUAGGAUGAGUAUUAGACAACGAAGUGUAAUCUUUGAUGAUGACUAGAAGCAUGAUCGUUCCAUUCAGGGACCGGUCACAUAUUUAAUACGGGACACUUUAAACCAAAAAAAAGAAAAUAAGGGGGGCUGAAAAGGGGGAACGAGCCCACCCCCCCCCCCCUGGAUCCACGCCUGGUUUCACGUGUCAAGUUUAACUUUUUUUAAACACCUAUCGUCAUCACCUAUAUAGACUGGACUUCUCAAAUCAGGAAACUGUCUUGUUUCAGAUCAUUUUACUUCUGGACAUAGUUUAAUGACAAUUAGUUCAGUUAUUCGUUCGUCACGAAGUCCAUCGCAUUUUGAAUUUUGAUUGAUGAAACGGAUAUUAAUCUUUUAAGUAUCCAAUCUCUGCUUGAAAAAAAUCAUUUUUACAUUGGUCAGUCCAAUAGAAGUACAUGUGCUCGGUAUAAUGCUGCGCAAUAAAAAAAAUAUAUAGAUUUUUGCUAUUCAUAUUUACAAAUCUAUUUAAGCCUAUAUAAGCGUGAUAAAAGAAACAUUCCGCAGUACUUUGUACAAUAAAAAGGGGCAAAAUUUAUGCACAUCAAGCUAAAAGAAAUUCCUGUUCGGGAUAUGGGUAUUGUAAAAUGCAGUAGUAUAGGUAUUAUAGGAGUUGUAUAUAGGUGUUUAUUAAGUUACUUUUAGUUCAACGGACAAAUAGUCCCAAAACUGAAAAGUCAAGUGGACAUACAUGCAGUUUAAUUAUGUUUGACUUGUUAUUUUUGUUUAUACUUGGUCUAUGUUGAUCCAAUAAAACAUAUAAAUACAAACAAAGUGUACAUACAUGCAUAUACUUGUAUUAAACAGGAAAUCUACCAUACGUAUUAUGAACAACAACUUAAUUAUGUCAUUAAAACACAUAUAAGAAAUUAUGAAUAUUAAAGAGAGACGGCGAAAAAAUAAUCAAUGGAGAAAAUAUGUUGUAAAGAGAUUUAAAGAAUGAUAGGAAAUAAGAAAUAUAGGGGAUGGUAGAAGAAAAGAGAGGAGAGGAAAUAAAAAGAGGGGAAAUGAACUUUAAAAAGAAAAUUAUAAGUAGGAUCUAUUUUAAGAGCGACUCUAAAUGGCAAAAAAAAAAAAAAAAGGAGGAAGAGAAGGGGGUUAUCCAAAAUUCUUUAGGAAUUAAAAUGGUAUAGCAUGCACCUCCUCUGGAAUGAAAGCAUUUAAUAGUAACAACAUACAGUUCAUGAAAAAUUUGUUUUUGUUGAUAUCAUAGAGCACCGUAAAACUAGUUGUAGCUUUUUUAACAUUGUAAUCAAAAUAUCGUCUUCUCAACCGCUGGUAGUGAAGAUUCCAAUGACGUCAUUUUAUAUCGUAUUUUGUAUUACAAUUUUUUGGUCGAUUAAUCAGAAUUAUGAUUUAUGUCUUGUUCACUUUGUUAAUUCUCAAUUAUGCUAAUUGCAAUGUAUAUUAUGCUUUGUAAAUGUCAUGGCCGUACGCAGAUUUUUUAUUUUUUUUGCUGGGGGGCAGGACGCGUAAACCUUUCCGGAAUAAAAAAAAACUAAAGCGAGGGAGCAAAGUUUCCGAGCUUUUCAAUGUGGCGCUUUGCAUUUUUAAAUGUGAAAUUGAAGGAUUUCGUGCAUACUUUUGGUGAAUUUUUUGAAAAAUUUCAGUAAAAAAUGUGAGUUUCAAAAAUUUAUGGGGGCAACUGCACCCCCCCCCCACGCUGCUUACGGUCAUGGUAACUAUUUUGUACUAUUUUCCUAUUUUUUUUGGAAAUAAUAUGUCUAUUAAUGAAAAUAAAUGUACAGAUAUUGCUU